AUGGAAAACUUCACUGAAACGUGCAACUUUGCCCUCAUUGUUCCGUUGCAGGACAAAUCAUAUUACACUGUACAGUUUGUACAAUCUCCUAACAUCACCUCCAGCAACACGUUGGGUAUACACAUGCAACUGAACUCACCGGACGGUUUGAGACGAUAUGCACAUCUUCAUAUGACAGAUCCGUCAAAGCAACUUUGUCCGGAAUUUUUUCGCGUUGGACAUACGUCAGAUAAUGUUCUAGAUUUGGCCAGUUUACUCAAUCAGCCGGAACGACAUGAAAUCAGGUUUGCGGACUACACCAGCAUUGACCGAAUAACAAUCAAAGGAGAGAUGAAUGUGUACCUUUCCAUGUCCGCAUUUUUGCCCAACCCGGAUUAUGAGGCGGUCUCUUACUUGAUCAGCAGGUCAACCUCAUCGAAUCAAAUCAACGUGGUUAGGAAGUCCAUUACUCACAAAUUAAAGAUACGCCCAUGGGAGGUGCAUCGCAUGGUAACAGAACUUGUCCAAGCACACCCAGACUACGAGGAACAAAUGUAUCAGUUUCAGUUACAAUUUCAUACGAGUCGAAAUAAUCUGGCGUUAGUGAUUGUGCUCGCUAGGAAGGGAGAGUAUGCGGACCGGGAACUGACCGAAGUGAUGCAUCAGUGGAUUAUACAAGGGAAACGCGAUGCAAAAUUUAUUUGGCCUGGAACCCAGUUACCAGCCAUACGAAUGAUUCCAUUGUUCGUCACUCACAUAACUAUUUAUCGAGUGAAUGAAACUGCCAUUGUUGAAGCCGAACCUCAUGAGAUUCACAACAAAGUUCGAUAUUGCCAGAAACGUCUUUCUCGUGGAAGUCAUUAUGAACAUAACCUACGCCUCUCAGCUCUAUCUGGGUCUUACAAAUUUUAUAUGCAUUCUGUUCAGGUGGAAGACAGUGGUGCGUAUAAAUGUCAAACCCCACAAGCUCAAGGUGGAGAGCGCGUUCUUUUCGAAGAUCAUUAUAUCAUUGUGUUACCCAGAAAGACGGACGUUGCAGCUUUUGUGAACGCUCGACCACCAGGGGAAAGCGAUGUGUUAAAGCAUACAUAUCCAUACAAGGAUGCACUGGGUCGAUUUUAUUUCAAGCACAACAGACCCAUCAUUGUUACAUGUGUGUAUAAUUUAUCCAAAGGUUUAGAUAAUUAUUUAGGCUACAGACAAACAUAUAGAUCAACAACCAGCCCCAUUCGUGACAUACCCUACCGACUGUUACAAGAACACACUCGAAGUUAUGGCGCCAUGUUUUUGAAUCUGACAUCCUACCAAAUAACGCCUGAGUAUGCCAAAGAUGGGAAAGUGAUUGAGACUCGUUUCGAAUGUUCCUACUUGUAUGAACAGACUUUUAAACUUGUCCGCCAUGCGAAUCCGAUACCUUAUAAGGAUCGCUUUAUAAACGCCGAUGUGACACUGAUUGCUGUGAGGAACAAACGACCACUUAUCAUCAGUUCCACAAUUCGAACCAACGUACGUGCACUGACACGUGGUUUGAGAAGCGUGGAGUCUACAUUUACAAACCUAUCCACUUAUUUACACACAACCGUCCGAGUUCCGGAGACUGUGAUAACCGGUUCUUGCAUCGGGCUUCUGUCAGAGCGAGACAGUUGGGGACAAGUCUGGUCGAUCACCAGAGUGAUAAAUUCAACCAACUACGCCCUUCGAACAUGCCCCAUCAAAUCACAGAAAGUUAUUACGACCAAAACAAGUGCUUGGCUCAACGCACCAGAGAUGCGUUUGUCACAUAGUCUGGUUACUAUUCAAUUUGUUUUUUCUUGCAUCGCCGAUAUGUUCACCGAGGCCAUUGGGAUUACUUUAUACAUUGCAGAAGGUAAGGUGGCAAACCAAACCGAGAUCUCCCAUCAAUUCAUAAAUUCCGUACUUCAAUCAGUGACUGCGUUGAAUAGAGCACAAGGAUAUGUACCGAUACAACUAAAGGACCAAGCGGUUACACAUGCCACCCAUAUGCGUCUAAUUCGAACGACAGUAGGUUGGAGAGCAACUUUGAACAUCAGUGAUCGAAGCCAUAUGAUAUGGAGGAUACCAAGAAAUGCGCAAACCUUCACAAUUCAGUGUCGCUAUGGAAUCAAUUCAACACAACCGGAGGUGGCUUUACCCGAUGGAUUCGCUUUAUUCCGUACCUCAUCUGGUCAGUUGUUAGAAUUGACCAAAAGACAAGUCCAAGUAACUGAUUCCGGUUGGUAUUGCUGUUAUAUAAAGAACUGUUCAUCCUGUCCGUUCAAACCCGUGGGUCCGGCGCGUCGUCUUGUCGUUCUACCUAACGAAUCGCAUUUAAAAGCUCAAGUUGAAAUAGAAAAGGAGUUGAUUGAUAUAGACACACUGAAAGUUGAUACAAAAUUAAAUCCAUUAACAACAAAUGAGCAAAGAAUGUUCGUUUAUUGUUCCUAUUGGAUGUAUUAUGGGAUUGAGGCAAACAUUACGCUCGGAUUUCUUUAUGAGACUGGUAUGCCGAGAAGCCUAAAUCAACUGUCUCUUCCAUUUAAACUUCUCCGUGUUGCACGCACCGAAUCUCAUGAUCAUUAUAGUUUGAAACAUAUUUAUAGCAUUGACCGCCCAAAUCCGGAUACUUACUGGAAUUACACAAAUGUGACCUGCUUCUUACACAUCAGUGAAAUAGUUCAUGAUGUAAAAGAUGUAUUCGGAAGAAACUUUUAUUUGCAUUUUUCAAAAAGUUUGUAUUUCAAAUAUGACCUGAUUCGUUUUCCGAAGUUAAUACCGGAAUUCAUGCAGACAACAAGUCGCAUUCUAACGGAAGCUUUAUUACGGAACGAGUCGACCGAUUUAAAAAAACUAUUUCAAGCUGCCGCACCAAUACAACCUUUACGGCUUUUUGGAGCAAGUUAUCAAAUAAACUGGACUGUAUUUUUGGGUAUCCCAUCAGGUUGGACUGCUGCAUGGACGGUGUAUCGCACAACAGACAGUGUGAUUAUUGAACCAUGCCACCGAUUAACCACAGUGAAACUAGACAAUUCAACAGAUAUGGGAAAUGUGACUGCAAUGCCACUACAUAAAAUCAAUGCUGGGAUUAAUUUUUUCAAUAUCAGUGCAGAAUGUGCGUUCCAACCGGAACACAUAGGAUUGAUUGUUUCCGUGUUUGCACAUUAUACCAAUACUACAAAUCGAGAUGAAGUAGAAGAGUCGCUUAUGAACGAAGUCAAGUGGUGGUUUACAAGCGAGCAAUGGAGGCCGAAUAAUACGUCACGAUUGGAAUGGGCUAAGUAUUAUUUCAGCUACAGGGCUGUCCCAAUGAAAGUGCUUUGGCGUGCCUCCGUUCAGAUCGGGGACCUCAUUGUGAUGGUCGGACGUCGAACUGAAAGCCACCACGAACCUAAGUGUACGUAUCGAGCAAGCUCCACUAGUACCCCCAUUCCGACUCAUAAAUCUUUCAAAUUGUACAAUUUGAGUGCAACCGAAUUUGUGCUCCGAAAGACACACGCCGACUAUUCAGACUCAGGUAUAUAUGAGUGUGCGAUCGAGUGUGAAAAUUGUUCAAUUCGACUUGGAUUCGCUCCACGCGAAUUAUCUGUCCUCCCGGACGAGUCGGUUUUGCAAAUGCACUUGAAUUACAAGCCACUUUUGCUAAAUCAACUCUCAAUGCAUCAUUUCAAUCAAUAUGAUGGAUUUAGGAAGCCAUACUUAUAUACCGAACAAACCCUCAGUGUUCGAUGUCUUUUUGAACUUUCUCCAAUUGCUAAAUUGGAAACUUCACCAGUCCUAAUUUAUCGGAUGGAUAAUCCAGAACGAAAGAAAAUGACCACAUUACCUAUACGUACAGGGGUACAGUUUUUCACUGAGAUCCAAGGAAAACCGGUGUUGGUCACAGAUUACGAGAUUGUUGCUCCCAGUCCAGAUAAGUACGCGGGUGAAUUACAUGUGACUUGCCGGCUUAGUUAUGGACACUACAUUGCAACCGACAGUGACAUAGAGACCAGGAAUGAGAGACUGGAAGUGCAAAGAGAAUUUUGUUUGUCAGUGAAAAUUUUAGCUCGCCCAACAAUUUUGACACACCUAGUUCAAACCUCUCAUCCAGCACUGUUCGACAAUUGGAAGCAUGAGAAUGCUCUCAACAUGUCUGCUCAUCAGUUUCAUCAAUCGGUCUCUAAUAGCCGUGUGCGAGAGGCGUAUGUCACUAUUAGUCUCCUAGUAGGCCUUGGAGUACCCAAAGGAGAGGUUGAAGUUUUGUCCUAUUACGAAAAUGAAAAUGAACUCUAUGAAGUUCAGUGUCAAGAAGUUUAUCGUCAAGCGAUAGAACCUUCAACCAUUCCAUGGAAUUCACUGUAUCGGAAAGAGUUUACGAAUGCUCGAGGAAAUCAUAUGAUUAAUUUGACAGUAGGAUGUACUCUACAACCGGAACACAUAGCCUUGGGAUUCGUUGCUUUCCGAUUUGAAGAAAAUGCUACUGUAAUGCAUCAGUGGUUACGAAAACAGAUACUUCAGUCACUUUCAUAUUAUUUUUCAAAUCCCACAAGCAGUGUACCAUAUGCUUGGAAAAUGUGUCCAGGUUGCAGCAUAUCGUUGGGUUUGGUUAAACUGAAAAUUGGUUGGAUAGCAACUAUUAACAGCGGUGAAAGCUUCUCUAUGCUCGUUCGAGGAAUACAGCCAUCACCUGCUGAUGUUUUUAUUAGGGGUCGAUUUGCUGUGUGGACCUAUAUGCUACACAAUGACUCUGAUUUGAUCCGCGAAAAUUGUCUAGUGGAGCAAACAGCAAGUGUGAGACGUGAUCAGAUCCCGGCAGUCAUUUACACGGAUCAUCUGUACAAAUCGGUUAAAGCAAAUUGUCUCAUCAAUGUGACCUUCCACUGUGUGCUCAGACCAGAAAACGUAGCACUCGUGAUGCUUGCCCAUAAUAGUUUGCAGUCUAAUAUCGACGAGGAUUAUUCUGAACAUUUAUUUGCCAAUGAGGUCCAGAAACGCGUCAAAGCAUGGCUGGAUUUUACAGACCCAGAUAAUGAACUCAAUGAACAAAUUGUUACUUCUGAGGAAUCAAAAAGGAGCUUUCUAAUAAUGAAGGUUUCUGUUCAUUGGUUAAUAACCAGAAGAACGGGUACUCGCGUCCAAAUGCUUGGUUAUGUGGGCAGUCAAGGUGAUACGAAGAUUAGCUGUUUUGUUAAAAAAACAGCUGAUUCUCCGACCGAUCAUGUUGGUCAUGAUUUUCAGAUUGUUCGGAUCUUAAACGGUUUUGCAUUCUACUUGACUAAAGUUCGUGCAACAUUUGGUGAUUCCGGAACUUAUUGGUGCACUUCAAUCGACAAAUGUUUGAAUUGCGUUCCCAAGCACAACUUCUUACCUCGUCAAUUGAUUGUGGCCCCGAAUGAAUCGAUUGUGAAGAUUCUACUAACUGGGAGACCGUUUGGACUCCAUUCGAAAGAAAUGACCAAUUUCACACAGUAUAGCUUGGACAAUAAGCCAUAUCUUUUGAGCGAUCAAAGUGUAUAUGUUUAUUGUGUAUAUCCGAAAUUGAAAAUAUCCCAUAUGGAACCUUCUCUGAAAUUCACUUACAUCUUGGUCAAUCCGAAAAAUAAGCAUCAUUUUACCGAGGGCAUGGCAACGUCGAUAGCGGAAUUCCGAGAAGAAUUAUCUGAAGAGUAUAGAAUUUUUCAAGGAUUUCUCAUCACAGCACCAGCUACAGCGGAAGAGGGAACAUACCUUAAUGUGACUUGUACGAUAAACUACAAGGAGAAAAGUAUGUCAAAUAGGGUAUUUGAUUUUACAAACAAAUCAUUGGAUAUAUUUUCUAUAUCUCAAUCACAGAAAAUUGAAUUUCUAAUCAGGUAUCGCCCCAAGUUGUUUUUCCAGUAUCUUCAUUCAAGUAGUCAAGAUAUUCAGCUGGCAUUUCGCAAUCAGAAAGAACAAGUUAUUCUCAAUUCUCCGAGUUUUUAUGCCAGUGGCCCAACAGAUCGUCUCCUAGAAGGUCUAGUACAGAUAAGUAUACUUCUGACUGUAGGUAAUCCAGAAGGAGUGCCAAGUGUACAGUUAUUCUACUGGCACGGAGUACUUCGAGUUGAUCGAUGCAAGACAAUGAAUUAUUAUCAGAUUAGCGAAGAAAACUCCUAUGACAUCAAAGUGACAGAAUAUCAGUCAAGAUCAGAAGUACGUGUGUACAUGUAUGAAGUUGUUUGCCGUCUGACUCCAGGUCAUGUUGCGAUUGCGAUAAUGACAAUUAAUUCGUUCGAUUUAACAUCAAAUUUAAAAGUGAUCGAAUGGGCCGCCACAAUGUCAAUCAUCAAAACCAUGACUCACUGGAUCACACACAAGGAUGAUAAACAAACGAUGCCUAUUUAUCCGCCACCACACUCAAAUAUGGAUUAUUCUCUCAUCCGGAUUCGCGUGGGCUGGCGUGCGUCAGUUGUAACCGGUGAACCGUUGAUCAUUUUCGGCUUACUUGGACCGUUAGGUGAAGGUGAUCCGAGUUGUAGUUUGUUUGAUUCGAAUUCCUUAGCUGUUACUCGAGAGAUAGCUACCAACAAAGAUGACGAGUUUCUUCUACUGGUCAAUCGAUCCACGGCCAGCUUUGAACUAAUCAAACCAAAAACAAGUGAACAAGAUGGAAAUGUGUAUGGUUGCAAAUUAUUGAACUGUCCAAGAUGUGGCACUGUGGAACAAUUUCAACCCAGGAGGCUGACAGUGUUUAGCAAGCGCAUGGAUCUGCUAAUCCAUUUCACUUCUAAACCAUAUCCGGAAAACGUUUCAUUGCUUGGUGAUAUUUAUACACAAAUGGACAAAAAGGGAAUCCCCUUUAUGUACACGGCACAACGGUUAAUGGUCCAUUGCGAAUGUCGUAUGGGAGUGGGUACCAAACUUCCCAUAGGAUUUCGGUUUACUUUUCGAGAGUACUCGAUUGAUAAAGCCCCCAUGACUCUUCCCUAUAAUUUAUCUUCGUUUAAAAUGCGUAAACUCGGCGAAUACUGGUCAUUUACAGAGUCUUAUUUUAUCACCAGUCCCUCAACCAGUGCGGACGACAGUCAGUUGGAGGCUACAUGUAUAAUGAAUCAAACGUCUGCCCGCUCAGGAGAUGAUGUGAAUGAAAUAGCUCAUCAAGAGAUAGCAAUUCAGAGACGGAAGUUACAACUGUCUGUUCCUAUAAGUCCCUACAUUGUUCCUCAGUCGAUUUCGACGCCAAACGAAGAAAUAAAUAAAUUGUUGCAGCAAAAUGAAGCCGUGGAACCUAACCCAUCUACCUUUAUGGAACAUGUCAAUCGUGAGCCGAUUGAAGAAGGUCCGUUCCAACUAAACUUUAGUGUCAGUUUAGGAUGGCCAGCUGGGUGGUUCUCAGUUUGGAUAUUUUUCAAUCGUUCUUCUUCAUUUUACGCACAACCAUGCAUUCAAACUGAUGAAAGCACUGCUUCAAAGUCAACGGAAGCGUCAAAUGUAAUGAAUGUGACAUAUGAAUGUUACAUUCACCCUGAACAUGUUGCAAUACUUAUCUAUGUACCGCAAAUUCUAGAUAAUAACUAUGAUAGGAAACUUGUGGAAAGAACGUUUGUUCAAUCUACAUCAAAAGCCAUGACUCUGUGGUUUCAGAACUACUCAGAUUGGGAACGCUAUAUACUUCGGCAACCUUUGCAUUCGUUUGGCAUGUACCGCUUUUGCCGCAUAAAAGUGGCAUGGAGGGCUUCAGUCGCACUGGGAUCACAGAUUAAAAUAUUUGGUGCAGUGGAAAAACACUCUUCCAGUCCCAUCAUUUGUUUUUACGGGUUCGUGAAUGCUGACCGGCGUAUCAAUCCUGAUUCUGGAUUCUCAAUUAUUCAAACGGAGAACUAUUUCUAUUUGCACAAAGCGAGAGCUGACUUCGGCGAUUCUGGUGUGUAUGAGUGCAGAGUGAAAACAUGUUUCGAUUGCCAAGCCUACUUGGGUUUUCCUCCUAGACAGUUAGUCGUUUUGCCUAAUGCAUCAUUAAUAAGAUUCGUUUUCAAUAAAAUCCAGACUGAAGUUGAAAGUACCAGUUGCGGUGUGGCUAGUGUACCAUUGAUUCCGCCAGGUCGCGGUGUCUUAGUAAGUUGUAUUUAUCCAAUCAUCAAAAUUCAGUGGCGAAGAGUGACAAGUAAUAUAUACUUGGGAACCUCGAAAGAAACUGGUAUUGAGAGACGCUUGCAAAAUGUGAUGUUCGAUUUGAGAAAUCAGGAUGAGGGUCUUUUUGCCGAAAGAACGACCGUAGUUCGUGUACCAGACCAAAGAAGAAACAUGAUCUAUUGGAAAUUACGGUGUGAAGUGGUUUUUGAAGCUUAUCGAGUUCCUUUCGAUAUGAGAAAUGAAAUUCCCGCUGAAAAAUUAAACAGCACUUUAGACUUCAUUUCGAUUCAACGAAGAAAACCACAUAUUUUGAGUGAGACAAUUGAGACCAAUGUUUUGGAACUAACAAAAGUAAUGAGAAAUCGAACACUUACUGAAUCGAACAAAGAAGCGUUUUCCGAAAUACCAAUUAAGAACCGUGUUCGAGAAGGGUUGUUGAGUAUGGAAUGGAAAGCCUUCCUCGGGUCACCACCAGGAUGGGUGAUUCUAUGGUUGGUUUAUCAGAAAAGAGAAAAGCUUUACAUAGAUGUCUGCACCGUGGAAAGUCUAACUAAAAUGCGUGUUGAAGAGCCCAUCAAAAUUCGGGGUCAUUGUGUACUUAUACCUGGCCACGUCGCACUGUUGAUCGGAGCUCUUCAAAUUCCGGGAACCAAGUGGACUAGACCUAUGGUCGAAGCAGCCAUAGAAACAUGGCUAUUGACCAACUUGACAAAACGGCCGAAGAAGAAUAAGGAUGAAACAUCUGGAAUAGGACACGUUGCGUGCUUUGAUUAUGAUAUUCGAUUGGUACAUUUGGAGGUUGGUUGGCAAGCUACAGUCAAAGUCGGCCAGCCUAUCGUCAUGGUGGGUCGAUUAGUCGGCUUGAACAAGAGCAAUGUCCAAUGUCAUUUUCGUGCUUGGAAUUCGGAUACGACGACAGAUUUAGAUGCAUCGUUCAAGAUCAAUGUGGGAGACAAGAUGAACCAGCUUGAAAUAAGGAAAGAACACGCAACAUAUGAUGACAGUGGAUGGUACUCGUGUAUCACAAACGCCUCGAUUAAGGACGACAUAAUGUCCGGAAUUCAAACUCGGAGACUCAUAGUCCUUCCACAAGGUGACUCAUUGGGAUGUAAGGUUACCUUGGAUUUGGCCGGUAAUCGAGUGAUUAACGAAUGGCAAAAGACGACUAGGGGAAUGCCGUAUCUUCUAGCACACCAAUCAGGAUAUGUUCAUUGUACCUAUGAUUCGCUUCUCGAUCUCUACUUUCACCCAGAGCAUGAGGUGAUGUAUGAGAUUCAAGAUGAGAACACAAUGAAAACAAAUCGUUUAGUCAAUCAUAUGGCCCCCAAAUUAGUCGAAUCGAAGCUGUCAAACACGAAGCGAACCAAUGUUUAUCAUUUUCGGGGCAUCACAUCAAAAAUGUUCACGGGACUGUUAAAAGUCACCUGCUGCAUCCGGUUUGAAAAUCUAACAGCCCAAAUCGAUAUCAGUGGUUCAGACGGCACCAUCACAUUGUCCUGUGAGAAUAGGUUUACAAUCUUAGAACCGGCCACGGGGGAGCUAAAAAUUCAGUCCGAUUCACAUAAUUUUCAAAAACAACCUGUCCCUUUGGGUACGGAAUUUGUGUGUUCCGGUGGGUUUGGCGUGCCGCGGUUGACUUAUAAAUGGAUCAGAAUUAUCCCACCGGUUUUUGGAAAAACGACUAUUGAUACUGAUUUAGCCAGCUUGCUACCUGGUCAAGGAGGUGGAUGGGAUGGCCCUCACAAUCCAUUUUUUGAUAUGCCAAAACAUUAUCUCUUUACCCAUGGACCUAUUUUACGUGUACCAAAAGAUCCCAGAUUCUUGGGCAUGAAUUACCUUUAUGUUUGUGUAGGAAAAAACAUAGUGCAAGGGAGGGAACACACCAUAAAAAGAGGCCUGCAUAUAUCGGUUCUGAUAUGCCAUGCAGAUUACAUGAAUCUAGACUUGACCAUUUUUCUGAGCUCACGACUAAUGGCAGCGUGCGCCAUUCGAAAUAAUCCGGACUCACAAAUACAAUUUUAUGGUUAUUACUUUAUUACUCUUGUCCGUCAGAUAGUUUUGGGACUCCCAUACGGACCUGAUAUGGCCAGAAUCAAUUAUUUGAUGAGACCAACUCAACAGGAUCUUUCGAGUGACAGCCAAAUAAAAUACCAAUGGAGAUUAUCCUCAAACAUGCCAACGCGUUUUGAUCUCGCCAAGACAAUUUAUUCCAAACAGGUGAAACCUAUCACCAGUUUUGAUGCUUGUGACACGAUUCCGGAUAGUUUGGAAAGUAUAAUUCAAGCCCUUGUGGAAAUGCGACCUUAUAGUACUGAACGAGACUUUGUUGUCUUGCUCACAAUAGACUAUUUCUUGAACACCACAUUGUCGGACGAGGCAAUUAAAAAUAUUCAAGAUCUUCACCGUUCGGGAAUGAAAGUCGUGGUUGCUUUGACUCAUCCGAUGAAUGCGAAGUUUCAAAGGUUCAAUCAACGCAUCUCUCAAGUGUUAAAACCAGUCAGUAUGAUUAAUAUCUUGCCUUUAUUUUCGGGUGCAAAAGAUUGUCGGUUAUGCCAUAUGGGUUUAAAUGAUCUAAAGUUUCAAAUUGCCCGGCUACCUUUGUUUGAGGCAUUGUGCAAAGCAGCCAGAAGUGCCAAACGCAGUCCGCCACCGAAGCCAUAUUUUACGUUUUCUGCACCGCCAACACAAUGGACCGAGGGUCAACAUAUUCUCAUUAUCUGUCUUGCUGAUGAGGAGCCAAUUCAAGACCGCGCUACGGUAAAUCCAACCAAUCGCGGUCUUCACAUAUCACCGAUUGAACCGGGUCUAUCCACUCCCGUUCAUUCGGAAUGA